GGAAGCUCAGAGGAAACCAACAAGAAGCAGUUCUGUGUUUCCCCCUCCAGCCGUCACGUUCAUCACUGCUCGAGUCCUUUCAUUCCUCCGGUUAUGAAAUGGGAGUCAACCAGUCCAUGACCUUUCCGCCUGUAAGAGGACCCCACCUUGUAGGCUGCGGGGAUGUGAUGGAGGGUCAGAGUGUCCAGGGGAGUUUCUUUCGACUCUUCUACCCCUGUCUAAAGGCAGAGGAGACCCUGGAGCAGCCCCUGUGGAUUCCUCGCUAUGAGUACUGCACUGGCCUGGCUGAUUACCUACAGUUUAACAAGCGCUGGGGAGGUUUGCUGUUGAACCUGGCUGUGGGAUCUUGUCGUCUGCCUGUCGUCUGGAAUGGCCCCUUUAAGACAAAGGACUCUGGAUACCCCUUGAUCAUCUUCUCCCACGGCCUGGGAGCCUUCAGGACGUUGUAUUCAGCCUUUUGCAUGGAACUAGCUUCCCGUGGCUUUGUGGUUGCUGUCGUAGAGCACAGGGACCAGUCAGCUGCAACCACUUACUUCUACAAGAAGACUCCAGAGGAUAACCAGACCACUACUGAGCCACUCGAGGAAGAAUGGAUCCCUUACCGUCCAGUUGGGAAAGAGGAGAAGGAAUUCCAUGUCCGGAAUCCCCAGGUCCACCAGAGGGUGAGUGAGUGUCUACAGGUAUUGACCAUCCUGCAAGAGGUCACUGCUGGGAAGACCGUCCUCAACAUCUUGCCUGACGGCUUAGAUCUGACGACCUUCAAGGGCAGCAUUGACAUGAGCCGUGUGGCUGUGAUGGGACAUUCAUUUGGAGGGGCCACUGCUGUUCUGGCUUUGGCUGAGGAAAUCCGCUUUCGGUGUGCUGUGGCACUGGAUGCUUGGAUGUUUCCACUGGAACGUGACUUUUACCCCAAGGCCCGAGGCCCUGUAUUCUUCAUUAAUACUGAGAAAUUCCAGACAGUGGAGAGUAUUAACUUGAUGAAGAAGAUGUGUAGCCGGCAUGAACAAUCUAAGAUCAUAACUGUUCUUGGUUCUGUUCAUCGGAGUCAAACUGACUUUGCCUUUGUAACUGGCAAUUUGAUUGGCAAAUUCUUCUCCUCUCAAGUCCGUGGGAGCUUGGAUCCCUAUGAAGGUCAGGAGAUUGUGGUACGGGCCAUGUUGGCCUUCCUGCAGAAGCACCUCGACCUGCAGGAGGACUAUGAUCAAUGGAACAACCUCAUUGAAGGCAUUGGACCGUCCCUGACCCCUGGGGCCCCACGCCAUCUGUCCAGCCUGUAG